AUGGAUGAUAACAGGCUGACCAGAAGAGCUGUAGAUAGUAAAUGCAGAGGACCAAAAGGAAGGCCACAUAUAAGACGGGAGAGUGAUGGCAGCAGAUGCGUACCGAAAUCUGAAUUUAUUUUAAGAAAUAAAGCGGAAACUUAUGGAACCAAAGUAAACUCCCUGAUUGAUGUCUGGAAAUCUUUCUGUACUAUAACAGAGAAACCUUAUGAUAUCCAACAGGUACUGGAAAUUCUAGAUUGGGCUAAACUACAUACACUAGAAAUAGUCCUCACUCCAGUUUGGAAAUCACACGAAGAUGUUUACAAAGAACAGUUAUUGUCUUAUAUUGACCAAUCUGAAAAAAAUCUAUGUAGAAAGAGCGAAGUUCUCGGACAAAGAUGUAGACAAUUGCUAGAUGUAGCCAAAGAUCCUUGGGACGAUCCUGUGUUAAACAGACUGAUGAAGGAAGACAUCACAAUCGGACCAGCCGAAAUUGCGUUUUUCUGCAAAGAGAGUGCAUAUUUAAUAUCUGUGCGCAUAAGUAAAUUGUGCGAAAGUAAUUGCAACGAUUUUGCACUUAGGUUAGUAACAUACUUUAUGGAAUGUCAUAAAAAAGAAAGAUCUGAAAAUUUUACUCUUAAUGCUACGGAAAAUCAGAUAUGGUUUUUGUUUGAUCUUCAGUUGGCCUUAUUGCAUCAAGAAAACGAGAACAAUAGGGUUGUAACAAUGAUAAAAGAAUUGAGUUUUGAAAGCGGUCUGAGGCUAGUGAACAGAUUUACGAAAAAACGAGUAAAAAUCUCAAAGGUUUGGAGAUACAGUAAGACUAUUGCUCAUGUGGCUUGUCAAGUGUUACUUACACGAGCUCUAACAGAAUGUAAUGAGAACGAAACAGAAGAAUUAAAAAACUAUAUCAAAUACUUUCUGGAACAGUUAAUUAUCAGUUCAACGGCUGACGAACUGGAAACAAAUUUUGGUAAAAAUAUAGCCAAAUUGGCGAUCCUGGUUGUAAAGGCACCCUUACUCUAUUGCUUGUCUGAAUUCCUUCAAGGCUUUCAGGUUAAAUUGAAAGAAGUGCCUGCGAAAAAAUUGAAUCCUUGUAUAAUACAAAUGUAUAUAAGAGCACUGACGACCGACAUGAACGAAUUAGAAAAAUACAAAACAGAAAAAAAUGAGGAAAUGACUUCAGCAGCAAGUUCUCGUCUAGCCAAAGGUUACUGUAAAUUAGGUACUUUCCUUACAGUAUAUACCCAAGUGGAGCGAGAAUGUGUUCUCACUGCCUUCAGUUUGGAACCAACAAAGGAACGUUUGACCCAUAUUGAAGAGCUAGCGAGAAAAAGCGGAUACACAGUGUAUAACAUAGAACAUGAUUGGAAAUGUAGGUUACAUCCUCCAAUUUUACCAUGUGAUGAACUUCUCUAUAAAUGUUCAAAAUGUGGUGAGUGGGCGUGCGCUAAGCAAGAACUAACAGAACCUACAGUACGAUUAAAUAUAAGUUUAGAUGAAGCUUUACAAAACUCGAUCUUGGGAAUAUCCGAAGAUUUAAUCGUGGAUUUGGUUGUAUGUUUAUCUCACCCUAGGUAUCAGCUAAUGAGCUGGAAACUUCCGUGGCAGGAGCUACACCGCCUUUGUAUCAUGUACUUGCACGAUCCAGAAGCAACAAAGAAUUUUGUCACAGAACUGAAAUAUCUCGACAUUGAUUAUUCCUUGUUUCGAAAAGAUAUUAAACGUGAACCUGGUUUAUUAGAACAAGAAAUAGAGGAUCGAUGUGAGCAGUAUUUAGAACAAAAUAUUUACCGUGAAAGUGACACUGAAAGUGAUGGUGAAGCAUCAACAUCACAAGUUUCUCAUCCAUUAAGUGUCGGUAGCAGUGGCCCCGAAAAUAAUUAUUUUAAAAACUAUGCCAAAUCUGAUCCUGUCACCCUUCAACAACUUAGAAACUUUAGAGUUAACUGUAAAAAAACACGAGAUAAAGAGCCAUUGAAAAAAACUGACAAAGAUGAACCAGCUGUUUUGCCGGAAGUAGAAGGAUCAGUUGAAAAAAGUUAUCAGCCAAAAAACGCGAUGACCACGUUGUUCAAACUUGGUGGGCAAACGGAGGUCAGGGAAUUCCAAGUAAAUCAAUCUACGGAAACCAAUUCGAUCAAAACACUCGAAUCGGUUCCGAAUUACAAUGUACCCCAGCUGACGGUAGAAAUAGACAAUACAUUGAAUCUAAAACAGUCCACUCAUUUACAAAUAGAGAGCAAACAAGACAAUUUGCCGAGCAAACGAGCAAACGAUUUCGAGAGGAUACUGCGUGUACAUAUUCAGCAAGAAAAUAUUUUUCAAAUCCAAGAGCAAUCUAUGAAGAAACACAUAGUAAACAAUUCGAUCAAAACAUUCCAAUCGGUUCCGAAUCAUCCAGCCCAAGUGAAAACAGAUUUAGACAAUAUGAAUCUAAAACAGUCUACUCAUUCACAAACAGUGAGCAACGCGCAGAGGAAACCUCCACAUCAGAUGCCACUUGUGGACAAAGAACUGUGUAUAAAGAUUCAGCAACAAAAUUUUUCACAAGAGCAAAGUUCACAGUUAAACAGAAAGAGAAACGAGAAAUGUGGUACUCCGAUUGUCUUGAAAAAAAAGGAAACAAAAACUUCAGGACAUAUUCCCACUCCAGAGAAACAAUGCGAGGUAGCGGAAAAAAAUCAGUCAAUAAUGGAAAGCUCACAGUCAAAACGAAAGAAAAGCGAGAUAUCAUCAAUACAUUCCCGUGUUUCUCCAAAGAUAGCGACAAUACCGGUAGCGAAACGACGAACAGCGGUCAACAAUCCAAUUCAGAAAAUAAAUUCUUCGAUGACAGUGCAGAAAGAACAAUUAACUUGUACGAAUCAGGAGCCUUCAACACCACUCCAGAAUGUGGAUCCCCAGAGGGAAGACUCAGCGAAUAUACAACAAGAACGAUCCCCCAUCUCGAAUACAAACCCUUCCCAGAAUCACUAUUCACAGGCCAUGGACACACUCCCACAAAUGCCAACAACAACAGUUCAAUCUUCGGAUAUCAACGAUUCUUAUCAACGGGGACGGAGAAAGCAGUGUCUACAGAACAACUGUACGGACCAAUUAUGGUGUUCAGAACAAACGAAGAACAAAAACCCGACGAACGUUUUAUUGCCCAAAAACUCAUGGAACUCGCCGAGAGCACAAGAUUCUUUCGCCCAACCCACUUCAGACAAGAUACCAAAUGCCAAAACCAACCUAAUAACUCAGGAGACUUGUAAAGAAAAUCUAGAAAAUUCUCCGGAACCAAUGGUGGAUGUGAAAGUUGAACAGAAAAUGGCAGUACCAUCUAUAGAUCGAGAGCUUUCAGAAUGUGUAAUGGAAAGUAUGUAUAUAAUAAUGAGUCGAGUAUCCUCUUUUAAAACAAAGUUAUUUGUUGAAAAAGUUACUAAAGAGCGGACUCGGCAGAUAAUGGCGGACUAUAUCAACGAAAUAGUAGCACAAAAAAUAUUGUUUGAGAAACCUGGUUGGAAACCGACUUCUGCCAAUUGUACCAGAAAAUCACUUCAGUGGAGAUGUGCACAAGAAAUUAUCCAACAAUUGGUUUACAACACUACGAUUGUAAGAGUACAACUUUUUAGAUUCAUAGGUGUAGAUAAAUUUGUGAGAUUAAUGAAACAAGAGAUUGAUAAAUAUCUAAAAAUUCCAAAUAUACAUGAAUGGAUAUUCCCUGUUGAUGAUAAGCCACGAGAGAUUAAGAUUAAUUUGAAUAUUAAACACAAAAGACCAAAUUAUUCUAAAAAAUAUGAUUCGUUAUUUGGUCCAGAUAUUAAAGACUAUUGUCAUCUGAUUUUAACACCUGAAGAGAUCAAUAGUUUAGAUACGACUCCACUACAAAGUGCAAAUAUUUCGACAUCCUUCAAACCUACAGAUACAGAUAGAGAGAAUACAUCUCCUUCAAAUCCUGAAAAGUUGAGUACAGAUACCGAAUGCAUUCCAAGCAGUAGUUCUUUAAGCCCUGUCCAAGGUAAUCAAACAAAGUCUAAGGAUCUGGUUAACAAUAAGUCUGAUGCAAUUGAGGAAACACAAGGACUUGCGAACAAGUCAUAUGUAAAAUCAGUGUUAUCAAAGAUUCCAGGAUUGAACGAUUAUCAAAUGGUACAGCCUUCAGACGUUAACAAAAUAAUUAAUGUUGUUCAAAUUUCUGGCGGACGAUCAGCACAAAGUGUAUCAAUUCCUAACUCUCAAACAAGUACGCAAAUUACUCCUCAUAUACAGCGGAUUGGUCAGCCAAGGAUUAGCGAUCAGAAGUAUGAAUCUACAGUAACAACCAACACGUCUUCAUCUACAACAAAAUCGUCUCCCCUUAUCAACAUUUUGUCACAACAAAUAAUUCGUCCUGCAAACACCCCCAGUAACACUGGUCGUCGGCAACCGCCAGUGAUUAAUAUUCUGUCUCAGCAGAUAAUACGACCCUCCGAUACAGUGACAACCAAAACAGGGAAUAACACAAAUAGUUCAACGAAUGAGGCUAUUGAGGCGAAGAUAGAUGCUGGUAGUGAACCAACAAUUUUGAAUAGUGCAAUAAAGACUACCAACUCACUGGUAAAGAAUCCAAACACUGUAGCUUCUGGGCAAGGGGGUACAAUCCUGCAGUUUAUCUGUAAAUCGUCUUUACCUAAAUUUCAACAAGCGUUUGGCAAAACGGUUUAUCAAAAUAAUACUGAAUCGGCAGAGUCUCCAACAACUGUAGUAGAAUCUUCAAAUACAAAUAACACCGCUGAGACUAAAAAAGCAACUGUUACUACAAAAACUGUCCCUGUAAAUGUACAACCUAUUCAAGGGAGUGUUAUAUACAGUCGACAAGUACCUGUUGGUCAAACUAUCAGUUUAAUACCUCCUGGAACUACAACUCGCCAAGUGUUCAGAAUUGCUACUUCAAGUCAUGAACAGUUAAGUCUAGUUAAAGAUAGCGUUAUACAUACCAAAAUGAGUGCACUAUUGGCAGCCGCUUUGCAAGGAAGACCUAAAAAUGCUGAUGGGGAAAUUCAAGUAAAUUGCGAGGAAAUAAAAAGUGUCACGGGAAGACCAACCCUAGUGCAAGGUGCUAGAAUUGUAAAACCGGUACAACUGCAAUUACCUGCCAAUGUAGUAAAAGCAAAUCCACAACCAAAUUUAAGUUCAACAACGUUAGAACAGUUGAGAGAAUUCGAUAUGGUCUACAAACAGAUCAAGGAAAGAAGUAAUCCUAGUACCUCUGAAACCAGUACAAAUUCCGGAGAAAAUCAAGAAAUUACACCACAGAGAAUAAGUGUUACGUACGUUAAUCAGUUACAGAAAUACACACAAUUAUCCCCUGUUGUUGUAGUGACGACUUACAAUAACUUACAACCCGUUGCAUCGCCUGCUUUAAGUGUAACUUCCCAAGGAAGUUCAAGUCCUUGUGUAACGCCUGCUUCUACUCCUACAAUGCCAAAAAUCAUUACUAAAAGUUCAAAGGGAAAAACGUUAAAAACCUCUCCCACUACUACUACCGCAACAAAGUCUUCACCAAUUCCUAAACCUCAGCAAAAGCCACAAGAAGACGAACAUACUACCCAAAGAAUUUUUGAUAUAUUAGCUGAAUACGCAGAACAGUUGCGAAAUUCUCCUGAUCUAAACAAUAAACCAGCACCAAGAAGAAGAUCUAACCCACCUACAAAUCCUAGCCAGAAUUCUAAACGGAAAAAGAGUUCUGGUGUUAAAAAAUCAGGACAGUCGACCACUACUAUAGACCUCGAUGCCGAUGACUUAACCAUUGGUAGUGAGGACAGUUCAGGAGGAGUAGUCCAGUUGUCGGUAACAGAUGACGAGCAGUCACAAGCCUCAGCAUCUGUUGCAACAGAGUCUACUGAUAAUGCAAGUCCACCUAGUUCUAGACCUGUGAUUAUAGCGGAAAGCGGGCCUUGCAAUAACCAAUCCCGAAACCUCAUAAUUGCCGAUUCUAGUGUUGGAGAAGCUCUCAAAAUGCCAAACACUGCAGUGAUAGUCCCUGGCAGCUAUAUAAUGCCCGUUUCCAUGGUGAAAGGUGGACAACAAAUAGCAGUAGUAUCAGGAAGCAGUAAAAUUUUGGCUACUGUGCCAGCAAGAUCGGGCCAAAACAUGCUUCUAUUUCAAAGUUUUACAAACCAGACAAGAAAAACAGCAAUACCCGCAGUAAAGUAUUCAACGAUCCAACCGAUUUCUGGUAUUACCUCUCAGACUUUAGCUGGUGUAAGCCAGCAACCCAUGAUAUUACCUUCCAACUCAGUUGCUACAGCCGUGUCGUUUGGACAACCCUUAACCUUAAAGAAAAUCGGGGAUGAUCGGGAGGGUAAUGAAUUGCUUCUGACCAUAUCCCAACGAAAGGAAGAUAUUAAGGAAAGAAGUGAAAUUCCCCAACCUGAUAGUAGCACAAGUGUUUCAAGUGAUAGUGUUGAUAUUAAGCUAGAAGACUCUGCGUCUCAGUCAGAUAGUUCUAAUGAAAAAAUAUUUCAUACGUAUCAGAAAACGGUGAUAAAUUCGGUUGAGACUUCAGUUAUAGCAACGACUUCUAGUACAGUCAAGAAUGAAGGAAGCGUUUCAAAUCCUAGUGGGAAUGCCACUCCAGCGACCAGCAUUAAGUCCGAAGCAAGAACCGUAGAACGAAUGCAAUCAGUAUUAGUAACAGCAUGCUCUGCAAAUGGGCCGAUGCUGUCACAUAACACUCCAAGGUAUAGAAAAGUUUCGGAGGCUGCAAGGCCACAUACUUCCGAACUACCUGUUACCAAGGGAGAUUUCCUUCACAAUGGCCAAAAGCCAACUGGUGACCAAAAAAAUAUACGAACGAAUACUACAUACUACGUAAAUAAAACAAAAAAGAUUUUAGUGGAGUCUCAAAAAAUGGACAGUGAAAUGCAAAAGAAAGCGGCAAUGGAGCGAGAGUUGAGACUUCAAAAAUCUCUUUCCGAAGAAUGUGAAGACUUAGGAGUGGACGAGCCAAGUGCUAGUGAUUUGUUUCCAGAGGCUGAUUUGUUAUUUGAUUCCAAUCAUUCUCCUUCGUAUGAUCAGGCUCCUCACGAUGUAGUUAAGCGAGUAGGGGAUGUAAAAGAAGAAGUAAAAGAAUCAUUAAAUUUAUUUAGUGAUGAUGAAACAUCUAGUUCGCUUAGAACAGACUUAUUUGAGUACGUAGAGUACGAUGAGCCUGUGGGAACAUCUUUAGAGUAUCAGGAGAGAGAAUUGAACGGAAAUAUCGCUGAGUCAGGUUCCUCUGGUUGUGAAGACAACACUUUACUACCAAAAUGUGCUGCUAUGUCUGAAGUUACCCUGAACUCACCCAUAUCCCCAGAAAUAUACCAGGAAGUCAACACGCAUAAUAAGUACAAGUUCAAAUAUAGCAAUAGAAAAAAGGGAGAGAGAAUGAAACAGAGUGAGUUUGCAGGAGAAGUUGUUACCAGUUCUGAAGAUACGAUAGUUUGUACUCAAUUGAACAAGGUUCACUGCGUUGAGGAGAGCUGUAAAAUAUUACACAUAGGCAAAACGGAACUUUUGAAAGAAGGUGAGAAAUGUGAACUACAUUGCGACGAAGAUGUAGACUCACCGAGUGGCCGAGGGGCGAGAAGAAGUGUACGAAAACUCUGCUCGUGUUGUAAUGGUUCGCAAGAUGGUACGUUAGCGAAAAAACGGCCGCAUACUUCCAGACCACACACACCGGCAGCACCGCACAAAAAAUCUUUUCUUGCCAAGAAAAGAUAGUGGACUUGUAUAUUU